UGUCUGUGUGAGAGACAGGAGCGUCUCAGGGAAGAGUAAAGUGGGCCACAAUUUAUUUAUUUUUUAAAUUUUCGAACACCCCUCCCCCCUUCCCCUGAACUGAACAAAGUGUUGCUAUCCCCAACAAAAACACUUUUUAUUGUCCAACAUUUCUGUUUGGCUCUACUUUUUCCACUUGGCAUUUCUUACAGCAACAAGUGUUGCUGACUACCAGCAACAGCUUAUCUAUUUUUCCAAACAGAAAAAAACAGAAAUGCCAACGACAUAUUAGCUGCCUUUCAGUACACAGUGUGCCACAGUCGUGACACCGGGCUGCGAUGAUCGUGUCCAACGUGAGCCUGAGCAGCUGCGCAGGGGUCAACAGCGCUCUGUGUGCCGCAGCCGAGGAAGGGCACUUCGGGGGAGGCUCACACCGGAUCACACUCACACCGACAGGGAACCUGAUCGUGGCUGUGUGCCUGGGCUUCAUCGGCACUUUCGGAUUUAUGAACAACCUGUUAGUGCUCGUGCUCUACUGCCGCUACAAGAUGCUGCGGUCGCCCAUCAACCUGCUCCUGAUUAACAUUGCCAUCAGCGACCUGCUGGUAUGCGUACUCGGGACUCCGUUCAGCUUCGCCGCCAGCAUGCAGGGAAGGUGGCUCAUAGGAGAAAGCGGCUGCGUAUGGUACGGCUUCGCCAACACCCUAUUUGGCAUCGUCUCCCUGAUCUCCCUGGCUGUCCUCUCCUAUGAGCGCUACAGCACCAUGGUGGCGCCCACUGAGGCGGACUCCUCCAACUACCGUAAGACCUCCCUGGGCAUCACCCUGUCCUGGGUCUACUCCCUCAUCUGGAGCAUGCCGCCACUUUUUGGCUGGAGCCACUAUGGUCCCGAGGGUCCUGGGACCACCUGCUCUGUCAACUGGACGGCCAAGACGGCGAACAACAUAUCUUACAUCAUCUGCCUGUUUGUCUUCUGCCUCAUUGUGCCGUUCCUGGUGAUCGUGUUCUGCUAUGGAAAACUGCUGUGCGCCAUCAGACAGGUGCGCCGGAUCAAUGCAUCGUUGAGCAGGAAACGUGAGCAGCGAGUGUUAUUCAUGGUGGCGAUCAUGGUGAUCUGCUACCUGUUGUGCUGGCUGCCGUAUGGCAUCAUGGCCCUGAUGGCCACCUUUGGGCCGCCGGGCCUGGUCACACCCGUGGCAAGCAUCAUCCCCUCACUCCUGGCCAAGACAAGCACGUUCAUCAACCCAGUCAUCUAUGUCUUCAUGAAUAAACAGUUUUACAGAUGUUUCCAUGCCCUGCUGCGUUGUGAGGUUCCUCGACGAGGCUCGAGCACAAAGACCUCCUCCAAGGUCGCCACCAAGGUCAUGAGGGCUGUAGCAGUCACUGGUACCCACCGCACCAACAACUUCCUAUUAUUGGUAGCCUCCCUGGGUCAACCGGCCGCCACCAUGCCCCAACCGGACCCCUCAGUGGAAGCAACCAUUGAUAACACCAAAGGCCCCUCUUCAGACAUCAACAAACCUGUCGUAUCACUAGUGGCUGAUGAUUGGCUAUAACCAUAAAAUCCCAAAGUCCCCAGCCAAGAAGUCAUUAAUAAUGAGAGAGGUGGUGUUACUGCGGCUUGGAGAGCAGCAGCCUGCCAAUCCAGGUGGAGUUAAUGCUGCUGUUGCAUCAGCUUUACCCCAGCUAGUAGACAUGAUGAC